AUGGCCCACCUUGAAGCCCGCAAGCACAUCUCCCCCGACUCCGGGUUCCCCGUCACCAUCCACCCGGCCUUCAACCCCAAGAUCCGCGCCCACGUCCCGCCGGAGCCGCCCCGCGCGCAGAUCGACCCCAGCCCCGACCGGGCGAGCUUCGCGGACCCGGAGAAGAAGGCGCUCCUCUCGGCUGCGCGGCGCGUCGACCUGACCGAGUCGAUCGGCACCGUGCUCGAGGACGUGCAGCUCUCGGCGCUAUCCCCGACCCAACUAGACGAGCUGGCCCUUCUCGUGGCCGAGCGUGGCGUCGUCUUCUUCCGCGACCAGGACCUCACGACGGCGGGCCAGGAGCGGCUGUUCGAGCACUACGGCGUGCUGGACCGGCACCCUGCGCAGAAGGACGCGCGCCACGUGGUGAUCCGCGGCAGCCGCGAGGACCACCGCGAGAUCCUCAGCUACACGCCCUGGCCGUCGGGCGACUUCCACGCCGACACGUCGUUCGAGACCAACCCGCCGUCGUACUCGCUGCUGCGCAUGGAGGAGCACCCGCCCGUCGGCGGCGACACCGCCUGGGUGUCGCAGUACGGCUUGUACGACGCCCUCAGCGCCGCCAUGCGCCGCUUCGCCGACGGCCUGCAUGCUGUGCACACGUCGCGCCUGCAGUACGACACCAUCAUCGAUCUGUGGGGGGUCGGCCCGAACAGGGAGCCCGUCGACUCCCACCACCCGGCCGUCAGGACGCACCCGGUCACGGGUCUGAAGGCGCUUAACGUCAACCCGGGAUUCGUCACGGGCUUCGCCGAGCUGAAGAAGUACGAGUCCGAUAAGCUGCUCGAGUUCUUCGCCUACCACAUCCAUUCUGCGGAUGAUCAUGCUGUGCGGUGGAAGUGGGCUGUGGGUAGCGUCGCGAUGUGGGACAACAGAUGCACUCUGCAUCGUGUUAUUCCGGGAUCAUAUGACGCACCCCGGCGGGGGAUUAGGACGACCGUCUUUGGCGAGAAACCAUAUUUUGAUCCGAAGAGCGAGAGUCGUCUCGAGAGGGAACAGAGGCUGAAAGCAAAACAGGAGACGGUGAAUGGAAACGGUGUCGAAGAAAAGGCAAAGGAGACGCCGGAAAUCGACACCCCAGCGUAGGAGGCAGCCAUCCUUGGCUAGGGGGGGUGAGAUGUCAUAUUUUCUCUCGGGAGAAACUCACAUUUUGUAAUCCAUAAACUACGACCUCUAUUCCACCUCCUUAGGCAGAUACAAC